AAGAGUGCCUGCCACGUACAAAAUAAUAACAGAAUCACAUUAUAUAAUGUCUUCUAUAACGAUUACCUUACUGGCGUUAGUGGCUGCGGCGUCAUGCGGACGACUCGAACCGCAAUAUCUGCCACCGAGGCCUGGAGGUGGAGGUGGUAACGCAGGAUUGGGAGGACUGGGAGGAGGAGCUGGAGGAGGAGCAGGCAACGGAGGACUUGGCGGAGGAUCUUUUGGCGGCGGAAGCGGGUUCGGUGGUGGUAACGGCUUUGGAAGUGGCUCAGCCGGUGCAAACGUCCCUAUUCUCCGAUACGAAAAUGAAAACAAUGGCGACGGCACAUACAAAUUCAGCUACGAAACCGGCAACGGUAUUUCAGCUCAAGAAAGUGGGGCCCCACGUGCACAAGGACCCGAAGGUCCUGCUGUAACUGCUGAGGGUGCUUUCUCUUACCGUACUCCCGAUGGUCAACAAAUUUCCCUUACCUACACCGCUGAUGAGAACGGCUUCCAUCCCGUUGGUUCGCAUCUGCCCACACCCCCUCCCAUCCCCGAAGCUAUCCUCCAAUCUAUCGAGUUCAACAGACGCAACCCAUCUUCUGAGGGAUCUUACAAUGGUGGUUCUGGCAAUGGCAACUUCGGUGGAUCUGGCAGUGGUAGUGGAUUUGGAGGUGGUUCCGGAGGUGGAUUUGGAGGUUCCGGUUCUGGUUCAGGAGGAGCUAAUGGCUACCAUUAUUGAUCUCAUACAAUAUUGAUUUAACUAAGAAAAGCUACUGAAUCGUAGUCGAAAACAUUAAUAUUGAAUUUAGUUAUAAUAUUCGGCGCAUGCUCCUAUACAACCGUAUAUACUUCAAAAUGAUCAAAAACGUUAAUAUUGUUCGAGAACUUUCUCUUUUAACUUAUAGAUAAAAUAUUUUUGUUUUAUUUCUUCUAAUUUUCGAAUCAACUUAGCGCAAUGUUUAGCUUCCUUUUUUGUUUUCUCUUUUUAUUGUUGGACGUAUCGAGAGUUUGAUUAUAUAUGAUGAUUUUAUGGUGACAUGAAUAGAAUUUACGUUUUUCACGCAUCGAUUUCUCAGUUUUCUCGCGAUUCGGUGACAUUUUCUUAGUAAAAUAGUUGACCUGUAAAAGUAAUUGAGGCUUUAUUGUAUUCUCUUGCGAUGUCAUUUGCUUAAUUUUAGCUGUAAUUAGAUAAUGGCUACUUGUAAGGUUCAUUUUCAUCUCAUCUUUUAUACUUUUAUCAAUGUAAGAAUAGAAUAAAGGACGUCAAUAUGACCCCAAGAGUACUAGGACUGUGAUACCACUAAACAGGCGAGCACUCAGUAAUUUAUUUAAGGCUUAAAAUGUACUAUACCUAUGUAAAAAGGCAUGUGAAUAAAUAUGAAUUAUACU